CUCUGCAGAAAACAGCCAAAAGCGAAAUCCUUUUAUGGCACGGAAAAUAACAUUUUGUAUUCAUUUCGUUUUAUAUUAAGUUUGUUGAAGCUGAAAUCCAUGAUGUUGUCUAGUAUUUGAAGGCUUAUUAGCAUGGUUUCAUAUCGUCAAAGUAGCUCUUCAAUGGCAACACGAAACACCAUUUACUAAUGCAACACUUCCAUAUUUUUUGCUUCCUAAACUUGCAGGUUUGUAUUAAGGCCAGAACACAAGAGAGAGUUGCUGCAUUUUAGCUCUUUCAAAUAGUGUUUAAGCUGCUAGAGGCCAACGUUGAACCUGAUAAAGAUGAUGCGUGGUGAGAAUAUGGAUUCAAAUGCUGAUUUUCACAUACAAGAUGAGGCUGAAAGGCUGCUUAAAGAGAUUGAACUGGUGAUGAAGAAUGUUGAGAACUCUGAGUUGUAUGCUGGAAUGCGCUUGGAUCUCAAACGGAAUGAAACAAUUCAAAAAUAUUUCUUUCGCCUAUUAGGCUCGCAUUCACAUGUUCAGGUGGUAAUCUACGGUUUGGGAAGCCUCGAAUACAGUUUUCAUUCACAGUUUCAGCUUGCUGUAGUUCUCCUACUAAAACGAGAUUUUCCCAACUGGAUUGGCAAUAUAGAAAUAUACGAUCCCGGCAUGUCUCCCGCUGAUAUUAUAGUUUUCAAGGAACUAGGUCUUGAGGUUCUCACCAUUGAUGAAAAUUGUAAGAGGAGAGCUCAGAUACCAACAAUUUUCUACAUGCCAAAUCUUUAUUAUUAUCUUAUUGGCAACCUAUUGGGAGCAAACUGGUCUUCAUCUUGUCUUAACCAAAUUUUUCUGCUGACAAACUCAUUUCGCGAUACGUUGACCAAUUUGCCACAAUGUUGUCGAAUUGUAGAAACAAGGCUACGCUUAGAGAGAAUUCUUGACUUCACAACAGAGAUUGGCAUAAAAACUAGUGACAAUCAGAUGUAUCAUAAUUUGUUCUCAGGAUUUGCCUGGCAUUUCUUUGAUGUGGAUCCCAACAUUGACAUUGACAAACCGGGAUGUUACUGGUUGGAUAUCCAAAGGUAUCUUGAAGAAGAAUUUGAGGAAGAUAUGCAAAGCGAUAUGAAUAGUAAGCAAUUUGCAGAAAUUUUGGGUAAUCAUCGUGGGCCUCGUCGUUUAAGAUGCAACACGGUUCCUCCUCCUCCGGGUUGGAUUAAGUUAAACAUCUAUGGUAUUGGUAAAAAGGGUGAUCGGCCAGGACGAUAUGGUGGCAUCUCCAAGAUGAAACUGGAAUGUAUUUAGAUAGGUAUCGGUGUGACAUUGAUGCUGAAGACAAUGUGAUUGCUGGACUAGAGGCCUUGAGGCUUGGGUUGGUCAGAUGCGUGGAAGGAAAGUUGAAUGCACAGAAGUUGAUUGUGGAGUCGGAUAAUGUUAUACUAGUCCAAUAUGUUAAUGGUUGCCCUGAGCCAAAUGAAAUAACUAUGUCUAGGUUGAGGGAAAUUUUUGACUUGCUGAAACGUAUAACUUGUGCAGUUUACCAUACCUACGAAGAAGCCAAUGAAGCUACUAGGGACUGGGCUCUGAGAGAUUAAUGUCCCAAUAGUGCUUGGAUAGCUUUGUUUUUGACUCAAGGGGUAAGGUGAAUCUUUCUAGGUUGAACUAAGAUUUCAAAUCCAAUUUGCAUUUUAUGGCAAAUGAUUUUUUUAUCAAGUUUGUCAAAGGUUGGACAGACAUGAAAAAUAGAUGUUAGGUUUUCAGGAUAAUUUACUUGUUAGCCUUUGCUGAAUCGUGCUUUUGAAUGAUUAGGAUAACAUACUUGUCUGUUUUUAGUGUAUUUUCUACAUAA